AUGACCAUCAUCAUCGUCACCUUCUUCUUCAUCAUCUUCUUCUUUUUCUACUUCUUCUUCUUCUCAUCAUCAUCGCUGCUGGAGAAUGAAUGUAAUGGAAAUAGUUUACAAAGAGGUGAAAACAAUGUAAACUCGGAAAAGGUUCCAAUGUAUCAUCUAAAUGAAACGUUUUAUCAGCAGUCAACAACUUGUCUGUACUGA